UAGUCAUGUCGCAGCAUGUGUGCACAUGGGGUGACCCGGGGGCCUCCUCGAAUGCAGCGUCUACGCCUGGUGAAUGGACGCACUCUUACCACUUCUGCUCUGGGAGAUGCAGCGGUAACCUACCGAGCACAGAGGCCGCCGCGCACCCGCGGAGCCCGCGCUCGCGAUCCCUCCUCGUGCCAGGGCCCCAGGGCAUUCAAGGCCUGCCGACCGUUAGGCGGGCCAAGGGGUACACAGGGUGCGAAUUCAUUAGGCAAAAGCUGGGUACAGGCGCGAGCCACAGGCGCGGGAACCUCGCGCCGACCGGGGCCCUAGGCCCGACGACGGCAGGUAAGGGGAAGUGGAGGCACACAUGGCUGGGACGUGCCCCAGGCACCAUCCGGGUGGCUUCGGCCGCGGGACGUCCGCAGCCCCGCAGCUCCCAGGACGCUCGACAAUCGGCGGCUGACCAGCUUCGGCCGGUUUGGGGAUAAAGGGAAGAAAGGCGGCGCGGGGAGGGGGGACGCCUGAAGGCCGCGCCCCUCCUUUCAGGUCGGCGAGGAGCGCGCCAGUAAGAGCCUGGGGGCAAGGGGUAGAAAGACGCCCACCUCAUCACAACCCAGAGCUCGGGACUCCUAUACAGUCCCAUAGGGAACAGGCGGCCGCCAUUCCCCACCCCCACGCUGGCGGGUAAGGCUAGAGAACGGUUUCAAGGAACACGCAUGCGCAUGAAACAAUUAUAAACCGCUAAGACUCCCAAGUUCAAUAUUCGCGGGAAGGCGCAGGCGCAACAAAAAGCCCGGCGGGUUUAUGGGUGCGGGUGCCGAGCCCAAAACCCAAGUGUGUAAUAAUCCGCCGGCGGGAGGUGGGCUGGCUCUUGAAAUUACGCAUGCGCCAGAACUCUUUGUGACGCAACGGGGCGGUGCGAGCAGCUGGCUGCGCGUGCGCAGAGCUCGCACAAAGGGCCUUAUUUAGGUUGCGCAGGCGCCCGCUGGCCAUUUCAUCUUAGCCACGCAGAAGUCGCUUGUCUAGUUUGUUUCGACGCCGGACCGCGUAAGAGACGAUGAUGUUGGGCACCGAAGGUGGAGAGGGAUUCGUGGUGAAGGUCCGGGGCUUGCCCUGGUCUUGCUCGGCCGAUGAAGUGCAGAGGUUUUUUUCUGACUGCAAAAUUCAAAAUGGGGCUCAAGGUAUUCGUUUCAUCUACACCAGAGAAGGCAGACCAAGUGGCGAGGCUUUUGUUGAACUUGAAUCAGAAGAUGAAGUCAAAUUGGCCCUGAAAAAAGACAGAGAAACUAUGGGACACAGAUAUGUUGAAGUAUUCAAGUCAAACAACGUUGAAAUGGAUUGGGUGUUGAAGCAUACUGGUCCAAAUAGUCCUGACACGGCCAAUGAUGGCUUUGUACGGCUUAGAGGACUUCCCUUUGGAUGUAGCAAGGAAGAAAUUGUUCAGUUCUUCUCAGGGUUGGAAAUCGUGCCAAAUGGGAUAACAUUGCCGGUGGACUUCCAGGGGAGGAGUACGGGGGAGGCCUUCGUGCAGUUUGCUUCACAGGAAAUAGCUGAAAAGGCUCUAAAGAAACACAAGGAAAGAAUAGGGCACAGGUAUAUUGAAAUCUUUAAGAGCAGUAGAGCUGAAGUUAGAACUCACUAUGAUCCACCACGAAAGCUUAUGGCCAUGCAGCGGCCAGGUCCCUAUGACAGACCUGGGGCUGGCAGAGGGUAUAACAGCAUUGGCAGAGGAGCUGGCUUUGAGAGGAUGAGGCGUGGUGCUUAUGGUGGAGGCUAUGGAGGCUAUGACGAUUACAAUGGCUAUAAUGAUGGCUAUGGAUUUGGGUCAGAUAGAUUUGGAAGAGACCUCAAUUACUGUUUUUCAGGAAUGUCUGAUCACAGAUACGGGGAUGGUGGCUCUACUUUCCAGAGCACAACAGGACACUGUGUACACAUGCGUGGAUUACCUUACAGAGCUACUGAGAAUGACAUUUAUAAUUUUUUUUCACCGCUCAAUCCUGUGAGAGUACACAUUGAAAUUGGUCCUGAUGGCAGAGUAACUGGUGAAGCAGAUGUCGAGUUCGCAACUCAUGAAGAUGCUGUGGCAGCUAUGUCAAAAGACAAAGCAAAUAUGCAACACAGAUAUGUAGAACUCUUCUUGAAUUCUACAGCAGGAGCAAGCGGUGGUGCUUACGAACACAGAUAUGUAGAACUCUUCUUGAAUUCUACAGCAGGAGCAAGCGGUGGUGCUUAUGGUAGCCAAAUGAUGGGAGGCAUGGGCUUGUCAAACCAGUCCAGUUACGGGGGCCCAGCCAGCCAGCAGCUGAGUGGUGGUUAUGGAGGCGGCUAUGGUGGCCAGAGCAGCAUGAGUGGAUACGACCAAGUUUUACAGGAAAACUCCAGUGAUUUUCAAUCAAACAUUGCAUAGGUAAAUAUUUUCUCAAAAAAUAUAAAUUCCCAAUAGCAAAUACUGAUAUGUUGUAAUAAUACUUUCUAUAGCAGUCAAUGGCUCUGACUUAACUCCAUGGAGGCUGCCAUUGGGCACAGUGAGUUGCCUUUAGUCCAGCUUGGUUGUCUCACUUCCUGCCCACCGUGAGUAGGAAAAGCAAGAGACUCCCCUGUGCUCCCUUUUCUCAAAUGCCAUUCGAGGGACACAUUGUGAAUGUUGAUGGUAAAUUUCUUUUAAAAAUGCCUUGUUUAGCUUUAAAAAUACGAAGUAAUUUUGCAAUUUUUGAAAAACACUAGUUUUCCUUUAAACUUAAUUUUUCAUGUUGAUCCUGAAGAAUCCGUUAAAAUGGUAGCACAAGAGUCUGGCAAGUUGGUACUGCAGAGAAAAGGGGUUAAUUGAGGCUUGUUUGGAGUCGGGAUUCCCCUUUCCCAAACAUGCGGCUCGCCACUUGGACAGCAGCCAUUUGUACUCGUAUACUUUUUCCACUUUUUCUUGGAAUACUAUAUUUUAUUUGACUGGUAGUCUGAAACGCCUCCUAACUUGUCAAAUUGAUCUCUUUGCAGGUAACCAAGGAGCAAUGAACAGCAGCUACUACAGUAGUGGAAGCCGUGCAUCUGUGGGCGUGAACGGAAUGGGAGGGAUGUCUAGCAUGUCCAGUAUGAGUGGUGGAUGGGGAAUGUAAUUGAUCGAUCCUGAUCACUGAUUCUUGGUCAACCUUUUUUUUUUUUUUUUUUUUAAAGAAAAAAACUUCAGUUUAACAGUUUCUGCAAUACAAGCUUGUCAUUUAUGCUUACUCUAAGUGGAAAUCAGGAUUGUUAUGAAGACUUAAGGCCCAGUAUUUUUGAAUACAAUACUCAUCUAGGAUUUAACAGUGAAGCUGAGUAAACUGUAACUGUUAAACUUAAGUUCCAGCUUUUCUCAAGUUAGUUAUAGGAUGUACUUAAGCAGUAAGCGUAUUUAGGUAAAAGCAGUUGAAUUAUGUUAAAUGUUGCCCUUUGCCACGUUACAUUGAACACUGUUUGGAUGCAUGUUGAAAGACAUGCUUUUAUUUUUUUGUAAAACAAUAUAGGAGCUGUGUCUACUAUUAAAAGUGAAACAUUUUGGCAUGUUUGUUAAUUCUAGUUUCAUUUAAUAACUUGUAAGGCACGUAAGUUUAAGCUUUUUUUUUUUUUUAAAGUUAAUGGGAAAAAUUUGAGACGCAAUACCAAUACUUAGGAUUUUGGUCUUGGUGUUUGUAUGAAAUUCUGAGGCCUUGAUUUAAAUCUUUCAUUUUAUUGUGAUUUCCUUUUAGGUAUACUGCUAAGUGAAACUUGUCAAAUAAAUCCUCCUUUUAAAAACUGCA